AAAUAAAAAUAAAAAGAAAGAAAAAACUAUAAGGCGUUCUUCUAAUAAUUUCUCUCCUCACUUUGGGCAUACACACUAAGGUGAGGUAGGUCGGAAGUUGUAAUUCUGUUUCUUGAUCUCGGAACGAUCUUGAUAUCGAGUUUUGAGUGAGAUGGCCUUGCGUCUGCAAAUUGUGGCGUUGAAUAACUGCUCGCCGGUGGCGACUCCUAUAUUAGCUCCGUUUAGCCGCCUCCGCCCCCACCAGAACCAUCGCCUUCCUAAUUGUACUACUACCACAGGGAUGAAGGCUAAUUCAUCGAGACUUGAUUCUACUGGUAGAAAGACGAGCUCCUUUCGAUGUUAUUCAGCUCUAACGCCUGAGUUGAAGACUACCUUGGAUAAAGUUGUUACCUCACACAAGGUAGUUGUCUUCAUCAAAGGAACUAAGGAAUUCCCCCAGUGUGGAUUUUCAAAUACUGUUGUGCAGAUACUGAAAUCCUUGAAUGUGCCUUUUGAAACCAUAAAUAUCCUGGAAAAUGAAAUGUUACGUCAGGGAUUGAAGGAGUAUUCCAGCUGGCCAACUUUUCCGCAAUUGUACAUUGACGGCGACUUCUUUGGUGGCUGUGACAUUACUGUAGAGGCAUACAAGAGUGGGGAGUUGCAAGAGGUAUUGGAGAAAGCGAUUUGUUCCUAGCGCUUUAAGGCUUGGGUUACUUGGUUGGAGCUAAUUGUUUCUAAACCAAGCCACACCCGGAAUUGUUCUUUUCUUUUUAUAUGUUGUUGCUCCUUUAUAUAACAAUUAUUUGUAUCCGACCUUUCAAAAGCUAGCCACAGGUUCCUUUAUUUUAUCAAACACUUUGCUCUCUGAUUUUACAGUUGGAAUUACAUUUAGCUAUUAACUCA